UUUUGAUCAAGAAUUUAUUUGUAGAUAUUUUACUAAUAAAAUUAUCUUUAAAAAUAAAUGCUACCUAAAGACAAAUGUUUAUUGAAUAAUAAUUAAUUAAGAUAGAAAUUAGUGUAAAAACAAAAGAAAUGAAAAAGCUCCUAUUUCUUGCUCCUUUACUUUUCCUUUUAGGAACAGGAAUAUUUUUGAUUCAAGGAAAUAAAACUAGCUUACUAGAUGAUGACAGUGUUACAUUCACAUAAUUUGGUGAUUGCAAAUCUAAAUCGGUUAUUGCUGCUCCUUGCAUGGAUGAAAACGAAACCCAAAUAGUCACAUCAAGCUUUUUAAUGUACCUUGGUUAAUUAGAAGAAUGCUAAGAAUUCUAUGAAUAUGUUAACUCCGUAUAAGAAUCAAAAGAUUAUGAUCAUGCCUUGAUAAACAAAGAUUAACUAUUUGAGAAAUGUUAUGCUAGUGAAAAGAUAAGAAACCUUGCUAAUACUAAUGAAUGCUUUUUUACAAAGUAUUAUGCUCCUAGAUUCCUUCUUUGUGGUGGUAUAGAAAAAUACGCUUAUCCUCCUUAUACUACUUUUGAUAUUAAAUAAUGA